CACACACACACACACACCACGCGACCAGGUCAAAAGUUGACUGCCUGCCUCUCCAGCUUCCCCCUCGGAUCGCUCUCGCUCGGUCCUGGCAGUCCCUGAUUUUCCGCCCAAGGUAACAAGUAGCGUGGCUAGGAGCCGGAGGGGGAAUUAGGCGGGGAAUCGCCGUGUCCGUUCCUGCUGGCGAAAGGUCCGGGCCGGAUUUUGCACCUUGUCCCCGGGUCUGCCUCACGGCCUGGAGGAGCUGGAGCGGCUGCUGCUGCUGCUCUGUUUAUUGAGCGCUCUUGUCCUGGUAUCACUCCGCUGGCAUGGAGGAGGAGGAGGAGGUGGAGGAGGACAGCACUUGAUCAUUGUGAUGGUGGCAGGAGGAGAAGCAGCAAGCAGAGCAGAGCAGAGCAGAGCAGUCUGCGUGUGUAGCAGCUCGGCGUUACGUUCUGCAAAUACUUCAGCGAGCUACUUUUGCAGAUCGCCCCGGAUUGUUCACGUGUUGACUUCCCCCCAGCUGGAGGAUUUGCUUUUGCUGGUUUUUCCCCCCUUUUCCUUUUUAGGUUCCUGUUGAAAAAUACAACUGAGCAGCCAAAGUACUUUUGAGAACACGGUGCGGCAUAAACACCCAAACUUUUUUCUUUCCCCCUAUUCCCCGGGAGAGAAAACACAAUUAAGAAAGCGGCGCUGCCUUGUCGCCCAGUGGCGCGGGGUGCGAUGUUGGGGUGCCUGUGUGCGCGUUGUCUGCCCGGUGUGUAUGUCCGUAGGUGUCUUGUGCGCGUGUGUGUUGUGUGUGUGUAGAAGUGUUGAGCGUGGAGAGAGAUUCCUGUCUGUUUUGCACGCAUGUGGGUGCGUGUCUCUCUCUUCCUCCGCUUUCAUACAUGGGGGAGACCAAGAAGGUUUUCGGUCCGGGAUUUGUUUUGGAAAUGAUGGAUUAUUUCAAAGGUGGACUGAUCUGAUCUUCCCUCCCUGGAGUUUGCCACCGAACAAGCUACCGAUCAGUUUGCUGGGAUUCCUCCUGUGGUUGUUGAUUGUGUCUGGCGAUAACCUCGCAGCACCGCCUUCUGGGUCUCGGCUUUUAACAUUUUCUUUAGGCAAUUUCUUUCUUUUUUGAGGGGGGCGGCCGGGCGGCGGGGGGAAGCUUUCUUCCUGCCGGAGAGGAUCGACAAGGAAGGGAGAGAGGCUUUAAAAAAAUUUUUGGGGGUAUUUUGUUUUAAACCAAACAACCCCAAAACAUUUCGCUGGGGUUCUGCUGCCUCCUUCACCCAUGGUCCGUUAAAGAGUAUCUUCCCCCGGAGGACCCCGGUGUUUGUGCCUGGCGUGUGGCGCCCGCUUCUCAAAGGGGGGAAAAGUUCUUCCAAAAUAGUGUGCGCGGAGAAGAGGAUGGGGGAUUUUGCAACCCCCGCCUCUACCGCGAACGGCGGCAGCCUUUGCCUCAACAAUAACCUGAGCAGCAGCCUCGGCGGGGCCGGGAUCGGCGUGAACAACGCUCCCCACGGCCCUCCUCCCGGUAACAGCGCUACUCAUAGCGGCGGCGGCGGCACUAACGGGAGCAGCGGCGUUCCCAAGCACAGCACCGUGGUGGAGAGGCUGAGGCAGCGCAUCGAGGGCUGCAGGAGGCACCACGUCAACUGCGAGAACAGGUACCAGCAAGCCCAGGCCGAGCAGCUGGAGCUGGAGCGAAGGGACACGGUGAGCCUCUAUCAGAGGACCCUGGAGCAAAGGGCCAAGAAAUCGGGGGCCGGAGGCGGCGGCAGCAAGCAGCAGCAGCACCCAAGCAGCAAGCAGCAACAAGAUGCCGAGUGUGCCACGGCCGAGCAGAGGAACCACACGCUGAUCAUGCUUCAAGAGACGGUGAAGAGAAAGUUGGAAGGAGCACGCUCACCCCUCAAUGGCGAACAGCAGAAUGGCGUCUGUGACAGUAGCUUCUCCCCAACCAGCAAGCGGAUACGGAAGGAUGUACCUGGGAUUGAGGGAAUCAAUAGCUUGCCCAAUAAUUUGCCUUUGCCUUCUAUUUCCCCUCUUCACCAGCUUGACAUAAAACCAUCACUGCCCCUGCAGAACAGUGGAACUCAUGCUGGUGGUCUGGAUGACCUGGGUAAAAACGGUGGACUUCCAGAGAUAAAACUCCCAAUCAAUGGAUGCACAGAGCUUGAGGAUAGUUUUAACAUCCUGCACAACAACAGCAACAACAGCAAGGAGCUAAAACAAGAACCCUUGGAUGAUCCUAGCUGCAUGGACAAUUCUGACACAUCACUUUCAAAUCAGAAUAAACUUUUUUCAGACAUUAACCUGAAUGAUCAAGAGUGGCAGGAGUUAAUAGAUGAGCUGGCUAACACUGUUCCAGAGGAUGACAUACAAGAUUUGUUCAAUGAAGACUUUGAAGAGAAAAAGGAGCCUGAAUUUCCCAGACCAGCCACUGAGAUUCAAGAGAGUGCAAGUGUUAAAAGUGACCCAUCUCACUCUCCAUUUGCCCAUGUUCCUCUUGGGUCUCCCCAGGUAAGGCCUUCUUCUUCAGGUCCUCCAUUUUCAAAUGUCCCUACAGCAUCUAGCAUACCUUCUGUCUCUAGUGCGCCCCCAGCUCCACUCUCUGACAGCUCACCAGCAAAUUGUGUGGUUCAGUCACCCCAGACGCCUAACCAAGCACAUACCCCAAGCCAAACUCAGUCAAGACCGGGUAAUGGUUAUCUCAUUAAUCCAACAACAGUGACAACAGCUGCCCCGGGGCCUGGGCAAGUGGCUGUGCCCAGCACUGACUUAUCUCCAGCCGAACAGCUUAAACAGAUGGCAGCACAGCAGCAGCAACGAGCUAAGCUCAUGCAGCAAAAGCAGCAGCAGCAGCAGCAUCCAAAUCAAGCAUCUAGCUGGUCCCCAGUGGGGCCUCCAUCUAGUCCUUAUGGAGGACCCUACAGUACAGACAAACCAAAUAGCCCAAUGAUGUAUCCCCAAGCCUUUAACAACCAAAAUCCUGUAGUGCCUCCUACGGCAAGCAACCCACAAAAGACUACGAUGAAUAACUACCUCCCUCAAAACCACAUGAAUAUGAUCAGUCAGCAGCCAAAUAAUCUGGGUACAAACUCCUUGAGCAAACAAACCAAUAUGCUUUCUUAUGGCAACACUAAACCUCUGACUCAUUUCAAUGCUGACUUGAGUCAAAGAAUGACUCCACCGAUGGCCAAUCCCAGCAAGAAUCCCAUGAUGCCAUACAUGCAGCAGCAGCAGCAGCAGCCCCAACAACCGCAGAUGCAGGCUCAAAUGACACACUUGAGUGAGGAGCAGAAACGCAUGCUUAUCAUGAAGCAGAAAGGAAUGAUGAACCAGACGAUGGCUUAUGGAACACUUCCCUCCCUUGGUCAGGACCAGCACGCAGUGGGACUGUCUCGGUCCACAGGCCCCAUGCAGUCGUCAGUGCCACCGGGAUCCAGUAACGUGGGCACAAGUUCGGUCAAUGCCAGUUUCUUGGGUGGACAGCCUCAGGCUGCCCUUAUGAAGCAGAUGCUGAUUGAGCAAAGGGCCCAGCUCCACAUGAUGGAACAGCAGAAGCAGCAGUUUCUACGAGAGCAGCGGCAACAGCAGCAGAUCUUGGCAGAACAGCAUUUGCAGCAGCAGCAGCAGCAGCAGCAGUCGCAUCUGCCUCGGCAGCACCUCCAGCAACAGCAGAGGAACCCCUACCCUGUGCAGCAGGUCAAUCAGUUCCAAGGUUCCCCGCAGGAUAUAGCAGCAGUAAGAAACCAGGCAGCCCUUCAGAGCAUGAGGACUUCCCGGAUGAUGUCCCAAAACACCAGCAUGAUGACUAUGGGGGCCUCGCAAAACACUGGCGCAAUGUCUGCCGCAGCUGGCCAGUCCGAGAUGGGGAUGGCUCCCUACAGCAGCCCAGCGGCCGGCCAGCCAGGAAUGUACAAUAUGAACACAGGAAUGAGCCAAAUGUUGCAGCACCCAAACCAAAGUAGCAUGAGCCUGGCACACAACCCAAGUCAGGGGCCGAGGCAGCCCACCUCGACACAAGGGGUUGGCAUGGUCAGUAGCUUUGGUCCAAACAUGUUGGUGAACUCUGCCAUAUCUCAACAACACCAGCAGAUGAAAGGACCUGUGGGACAGGUUCUACCCAGACCACAAGCUCCCAGACUUCAAAACAUGAUGGGGCCUGUCCCGCAAGGAGCACAGAACUGGCAGGUGCGAGGCUUGCAAGGUAUCCCUGGAAGGACUAGCGGCGAAAUUGGACCUUUCAAUAAUGGUGCAGCUUACCCAAUGCAAUCUGCUCAGCCAAGGUUGCCUAAGCAACACUUCCCACAAGGCAUUAGUCAGUCUGUCAUGGACACAAGUGGAACAGUACGGACCCUGAAUCCAGCGAUGGGAAGGCAAAUGUUGCAACCACUCCCUGGACAACAAGGAACCAACAACCAAGCUAGACCAAUGGUUAUGCCUACAAUAAGCCAAGCAGUUCCCACUAUGGCUGGUUUUAACCAGUCCCCUGCACAACAGAUACCAGGGGGUAGCUUUGCUCAGAGCAGCCAAGGUCAGAUCUAUGAGAGGAAUCCGACUCAGGACAUAUCUUAUAGUUACAGCAAUGAAGGAGCUGGCGGUUCCUUUCCAAGUAUAGCAGAGAGCACAGACCUCGUAGAUUCCAUCAUUAAAGGUGGGCCAGGAGAUGAGUGGAUGCAAGAACUUGAUGAGCUGUUUGGAAAUCCGUAGCACAUGGGGAUAUGUAUAGUUACAAACCUUUGUGGGGUCAGAAAAAAGGAAAGCAGGAUGUUGUCCAUCCUUGUUUCUUUGUUUUGUUUUUAAAGCUGUGCAAAGCAAGCUGAUCUGUGGCUGAUUGUGGAAGGCAUGGAUGGAAUGUAAAGCAUUGAACAGAAGGCCUUGCUGGUGUCCUCACAGCAGUCUCCACCCCAUAGUCCGCCUGCUGCAGGUGGGAAUAAGACAAAGAGGGGCUGCAGGGGGCUCCAAAAAUUGCUACUUACUGCCCAUGGGCUGUGGAAGAUUGGUAGUCUUCACAUGGCAAGCACUGGCUGCCCCAUAACAAUAAACUUUCCACCACAGUUCUACUGGAACUGUUGUAGUGUCAGGACAUUGCAGAGACAGAUGCCGAUACAAAGGAAGGGGCACCUGAAAGAGAGAGAGAGAGAGGUCAGGAUCAGUACAGGUGCUAAACUCUGGGUUUCUCCAUGUAGUUAUGUGUCUGAUUUGAUCAGGAGUCAAGCAGAGGCUGCUUGGUUAUGGUUAUGACUAGACAUGGCCGCAGAUGAAAGGGCCCAUUCAAUGUGCUAUCAAGUCUCCUUUGGGUGCAGAGAAAGUCCCCAUCUACAUAGUUUGCCAUUCCUGUGUUCCCUGUUUCCUCUAUAACCAAGUGACUCUUGUGUCACUUUUUAAGGAUGUGGGAAAAUACAGAGCUCUAGGACACACUAAGGCUGCAGUACUUAUAUUGCUCACUGAGAUAGCAGCUACCAAAGACAAAGAUGCAAAAGAAAGCAGGCAUUAAAAAGGGAAAGGUUAUAUGUAUUAAGAACUUGCAAACAGUGGUGUCCAGCUUGUUCUUUUCCUGAAAAUUCAAGAUGAAUAGGUGUUACCUGUGAGGGGUUGGGUUGCACAGGCAGAUGUCUUUGGGAGUUAAGGGAGAGGGGCUAGUAAUUCUCUUGGUGGUCAUACAUAGAAAUUAUUUAGGAGCAGCGUCAACAUGUCUUUUGACAGGUUGGAAGCAAGUUUAUGCUUAAUAUUCUCUGAUGGCUGGUCCUCUUUGUCAACCUUCCUACUAUGAACAUGAUAACACCAAGUUCUUUAUGAUGCCUAAACUAGUUGGUGACAAACAGAAUAAGAAAGGGAGGGGCUUCCAUUCAGGUAAUUGCUGGAAGUAGUUGUACAUAAAGUUACGACAUUCCAAAGGUCAAUCUUCAAACGGAACUGUCUAAGCCACAGUUUUGUGUGCCUGGAACUGACCUGCAAAAAAGUGGAGUCAUUUAUGUUGGUGGGAGUUGAAUAUGAUACCAUUUGCCUGAGUUUUAGAUACAGGCUUGGUAUUAUACACAUGUCACUUUUUCGGGCCUAAUUAUACAUUAUAUGCAAAUGUAUAACCAAACUUCAGUGGUGCAUUCCGUAUUUCCCCUACCAAUGUCAAGUCCAAAUUCAGAGGGAGCGUUUUUUUUUAAGUGGAGAAACAGCAGAGAGAUGGAAUACUUGAUCCUUUCCCCAGCCACCAUUUCCCCCCUGUUCUGUAGCGCGCUCCAGUUUCAGUAGUGACACCUGCUCUCUCAUCAGAUGUCAAGGAAAUAAGCAACUGUCUGACUUUUACAAGACAUCUGAAGGCAGCCCUGUUUAGGGAAAUUUUUUAUGUUUUAUCGUGUUUUUAAUAUUCUGUUGGUAGCCGCCCAGAGUGGCUGGGGAGGCCCGGCCAGAUGGGCGUGGUAUAAGUAAUAAAUUAUUAUUAUUAUUAUUAUUAUUAUUAUUA